GUUCUUUCACUCCCUCUAUAUCCAUAGCAUGUUUGUAAACGUGAUUCGACGAUUCUGACGCCCCAAAACGAAAUGGAAACAUGGAAAAUACCGAGAAACAUUUACUUGUAGUUGACAAGCCGGUUCAAUAAAUCAAUAUCAGAAUAACUUUUCAUCCCCAUAGUAAGUAUAAUGUGACCCAAUUGUAAGUACUUGUCUGUGGAGUGCUGGAUCAAUCCGUCUCAGUGGGGUUGGCUUGCUCUUCUCCGACAUCAUGACAUCGGACAAGGUUCUAUACAAAUUAGACCAUCCACAUGGCCCUGGGAGUGUUUUCACCUCAUGGAGGCCAGGGAACAGCACUCACCUGGCAACAACAGGUUGCGACGGUGUGGUCUCGAUUUAUGACAGACAGGGAGACAUACAAGAGAGAAUCCAAAUAAUGGGACUUUGCACAGGUUUCGGUUGGGAUUCGGAUGGUGAUGUGCUCGCCAUGAUAACUAACAAUUCAUCAACCAUAACGCUGUGGGACGCGACAACUAGAAAAAAAUCACAAAUUGACGCGGGAGUGAGGGAUGGAUUGACUUGCAUGAUGUGGGCCAAACAUAGUUGUCUUCUUGCUGUUGGCACACAGAGGGGUAACUUGGCCCUUUACGACCACAUACACGCCAGGAGAAUUCCCAUUAUUGGAAAACACAAAAAACGAAUUGUGUGCGGGGCUUGGUCCAACGAAGGUGUUCUGGCUCUCGCUGGAGACGAUAGAAUCCUCACAAUUAGCACAUCGGAGGGUGACACACGUAAGGAGAUAAUCCUCCCUGGGGACCCCCAGGACCUUCAAUUUAAUGAAAUGAAAACAGAGCACCGGACAAAUGGGGAAAAUACAGUAUCGCUCGUUGUUGGUAAAACUCGUCUCUUCCUCUAUAAUAUAAAAGACCCUGAGAACCCCAUGGAUCUUGGAUUUCAGAAGUUAUACGGUCCCAUUGUCACAUAUAAGUGGUACGGAGACGGAUAUAUUCUGUUGGGUUUCGAGGCAGGUUAUCUGAUAGCCAUAUCAACCCAUGUCAAAGAACUAGGCCGUGAAUUAUUUCAAAUAAAGAAUCACCGGGACUCUUUGAACGGAAUUUCCUUAAGCCUGGUUGCUGGAAAAGUAGCCACUUGUGGAGAUAAUACAUUAAAAAUCCACAGUCUACAGAAUCUUGAGGAAACUGAAAAGGUGAUUAUGGUGAGUGGUGAGGCAGGUGUCAGUUGUAUCGAGUGGUCGGCAGAUGGAACCAUGCUGGCUGCUGUCACUCAUAGUGGAAACGUCCUCAUCUAUCUCGCUGAAAUUCCCAAAUUGAUAAGUGUCUGUGGCAACAGAAUCGCCAUUCUAUCGAGCCUAACUGAAGUUAUAGUUCACCUCUAUGUAUUGGAUAAAGAAAAACCAGAACCUCAAUUGAUCCAUACAAUAAUCGAACCAUCAAUCCUGGCAGUUGGACCCCUCCACCUAGCUGUCGCUUUAAAUAACCGGGCAUUAUUUUGGAAUCUCUCUGCUGGACAAACAGACAGGGCCAUCCACUUCGAGCGAGACUAUCUUGCCACCGUGGAGAGUAUUCGUCUCAAUGAAAUUUACGCCUCUGUUUUAUUUGAUGGAAAAAUCCAACUCCACACCAUUAAGACAGAUCCGGCAUUGAUCAAAGAGGGAAAAGACUCAAAAAUAUUUUCAGACUCUGGAACCACCGAGGGUAAAAUCACGUGUCACGCUUUGUCGCCUGAUUUUUUGAUAUUCGGAACAGACAUGGGGAAAAUUGUCAACUUUUAUCUGGAGGUUUUUAAUCAUUCUACGGAACUAUCCCACAGCACUGGCAUAAAACAAAUAAUCCCCGAUGCCAAUGGCACCAUUAUGUGUUUCAUUGACGAGAAACACGAAGCAUAUGUCUACGAUCCGGUCAACGAGAGUGUCUCGCAUGUUCCAGACCCACCAGACGGUAUGGACGGUAUUGUCUGGGAUCAGAACGUUUUCGAGAGAUUCGUGUUUGGAGUAUUCAAUAGAACGACUAUUACAACUUAUGUUUAUAUCAAGUACCACAUUGAUGGAACUAAAGUUGUCAAAAUAUCUACCACAAAAUUACCAUCGGAAACAGUUCCAGUAUUAAUGUACAGUGGUGAAGUAACCUUAGGAAUGGCAGGAGGUAAAUUAUUAAACAUAACGUUAACAUCUCACGAAGAUGUUGGCAACAUCGUGGAGAAUAGAAAAAUUAUUGAGAUUCUGGAGCACCAGAUCAAAUGUAAAAGAUUUCUCCAGGCGUGGAGCACCUGCGAAAUGUUGAACGACAGAGAUUACUGGAUAAAACUAGGGAGAAAUACUCUAGCUAAUUUAGAAAUUGAAAUGGCGAUGAGGAUUUAUCGUCGCAUCGAGGAGAUAUCAAUGGUUUGGGCAUUGCAGAAGCUCGAACAUAUAGAGGAGCUUGCACUUUUAUCUGGACAUGUAUGUACACUUUUGGAAGACUACAAUAAGGCUGAGAAGUUAUUUCUUCAAUCGUCGCAACCGGUAGAGGCUCUGUAUUUGAGAAGAAAUUUGAUGCAGUGGGAGCAAGCACUGACUCUAGCUCAAAAACUGAAACCAGAUGAGAUUCCCUCCAUUGCGAGGGAGUACGCACAGCAGUUGGAGCUUACUGGAAACUAUCCAAAAGCACUGAUAAAUUACGAGCGAGGAUUGACAGAUAAUGAGAAAAUUUCUAGUUCCCAGGAGCACAACCACAGGAUGCAGUGCCUCGGAGGUAUCGCAAGAACAUCAAUUCGAUGUGGUGACUCUCGACGCGGUGUAAGUAUAGCCAUGGAUCCAGAAAGUUCUCGAAAUCUCCGAAGGGAGUGCGCUGAGAUUUUGGAAAUAAUGAAGCAGUUCAACGAAGCUGCUAUUCUUUAUGAGAAGGCUGAGUAUUUCGAUAAAGCAGCUUCUGCCUACAUAAAAUUAAAGAACUGGCUUAAAGUCGGGCAAUUGUUAUCACAAAUAUCAUCGCCAAAGAUCAACAUUCAAUAUGCAAAAGCUAAGGAGGCUGAGGGAAGGUACGAGGAAGCAGCAAGGGCUUACGAAACUGCUAAAGACUACGACAAUAUCAUUCGAAUAAAUCUGGAGCAUCUUAAUAAUCCAGCGAGAAGUGUUGAAAUUGUUCAACAGACGAAGAGCAUCGAGGGAGCAAAGAUGGUUGCUAGAUUCUUUCAGAGAAUGAAUGAUUACAACUCAGCAAUUAAAUUUUUAAUUCUUUCCAAUUGUCAUGACGAAGCUUUUCAAUUAGCAAAUCAACAUGGCAAAAUGGAGCUUUAUGGGGAAAUUCUUAUUAAUACUCUAGAUGAUGAUAAUGUAAGGCUGGAGGAUUUCAGAAGCUUGGCCAUUCAUUUUGAGUCGCAGAAGAAUAGUCUCCUUGCUGGGAAGUAUUAUUUUUAUGCCAAAGAGUAUCAUAAAGCAAUGAGACAUCUGUUGAAAGCUUCGCAUUUAGCUGCAAAUGACGAUGAGGCAAUCUCAUUGGCCAUUGAUACUGUUGCUUCAGCGAAAGACGAGAAAUUGUCGAGUCAAUUGAUUGAUUUUUUGCUCGGGGGCGAUGGACUCCCCAAGGAUCCUAAAUACUUGUUUCGACUUUAUAUGGCGAGAAAACAGUACAGAGAAGCUGCCAAAACAGCCAUCAUCAUUGCUAAUGAGGAGCAGAUCAGUGGAAAUUACAGGAAUGCACAUGAUGUUCUCUUUGGAAUGUAUCAGGAGCUCAAAAGAAAUAAUAUCAAUAUACCCCAGGAUAUGAAGAAUAAUCUGUGUUUGUUGCACUCAUAUAUCCUUGUGAGACUUCAUGUCAAGAGAAAUGAUCAUUUGAGGGGCGCGAGAAUGCUUAUCAGGGUUGCCAAUAAUAUAUCGAAAUUUCCAUCACAUAUUGUACCUAUUUUAACUUCGACUGUCAUAGAAUGCCAUCGGGCUGGACUCAAACAUGCUGCUUUCAAUUUCGCUGCAAUGCUCAUGCGACCAGAAUACAGAAUGCAGGUGGAUGCUAAGUACAGUAAAAAAAUUGAGGCCAUAGUUAGGAAACCACCAAAGACCAGGGACCAUGAGGUGGAAGAUGAGCCGGUAACACCUUGUCCUUACUGUAAAAAUCGAAUUCCAGAGACGGAUAUCAAUUGUGAUAAGUGUAAAAACACUAUUCCGUUUUGCAUUGCUACGGGUCGACAUGUGCUGGAAAAUGAUUUUACCUUUUGUCCUCAGUGUAAUUUCCCGGCAAUUAGAAGUGAAUUCGUAAGAAUCAUUGAAAUCGAAGAGACUUGUCCAAUGUGCAAUGAGAAAGUGGAUCCACAAAUGGUCCCCCAAAAUGUAAAUAUCCGUCCAUACCUCGAACUUCAAGAGGAUAAGAGUAGAUCUCACAUUUAAAUAAAAAAAUUGUCUUCGUAUAUUUGAAGAUAGCAUUAUAUAUGACAAAAUAUAUAAUGAAACAAUCUGUCGGCCUCUAUAAUAAUUUCAUAUUUUAAAGUACCAUAUUAACAAGUUAUAUAUUGUAAGCCACAGUAUUGUAAUAGUAAAUAUUCCAAUUCCGUCCCAAAGUGCUUAACUUAGACUUUCGUUACAGCCCAUUUUUUUAAUGUAUUUUCAUUAUAAUUAAGAAGUGGAAUUUAACUGUCUGACUUAUUUGAUACUUUCAAUGGUUUCAUGAUUAUUGUAGGCAAUGGAAUACCACCAGGUAAAAAGCCAUUUCUUUUAUAGCACCCUCAACUACUAAAAAGAAAUCGCCUAACGAUUUUCCUAUUUUGAGUACGUUAAGCACAAAGUACAAUUCCAUUAACGUACCUCAAUACAAUCGCUCGUUUAUUGACGAAUGGUUUGUAAAUAUCAUUUAAUAAUGUAGAAAAUGUAUAAAUAAAAGAUCACAAAUUUCUUUCUUGAAAUGUAA